AUGGCAGCCAUUGGUCUUGGCUCACAGGACGUCUCCAAGUACUUGGAAUCAGGGGCUUUUGUUGCCUGCGAGAACAGCCAAAACAGCACAACAAUUUCAGGGGAUAUUGCCGCCAUUGAGAGUGCUGUGGCUAAGGCCAAAGCAGAUAGCGUCUUUGCUAGACAACUCACGGUUGAUCGUGCUUAUCACUCUCCACACAUGGAGGUCUACGGCAAGGCGUAUGAAGAGGCUAUACGCCCAUUCAUCAAGUCCAAGGCGCCAGAGGUCCCCUUUUUCUCAAGUGUCACGGAAGAGCGUGUGACGGAUGCCGGAGCAUUGGAUGCUGCCUACUGGCUCCAAAGUCUCGUCCAACCUGUUCGCUUCAAUGGGUCUUUGAGGCGUCUCCUGCGAACAUAUGGUCAAGCCACGAACCCGGUUCUCAUUGAGGUCGGCGCUCGCCCAGCUUUGAAAGGUCCCAUUAAGCAGAUCCUCGACGAUUUUCCCAACAUUAACGCUUCUUAUGUACCAACAUUGGAACACCACAGUGACGGAAACGAGAACAUGCAAAAGGCGGCUGGCAGGCUGUUCUGCGAGAAUGUGUCAUUUGACCACCGGGAUGUCACACCCCCGGGCAAGCCUCUCACAGACGUGCCCACGUAUACAUGGGCCCAUGACGAGUCUUUCCAAGAGGAGCAUCGCAUUUUCAAGGCAUACAGAGACUGUCAGUUCCCCAUGCACGAUCUUCUAGGUCGACAGAACUUCGAGACCAGCGCCUUGGAACCAACGUGGCGCAAGGUAUUACAAGUCGAGGAUCUUCCUUGGCUAGGGGAUCACAUGAUCAACGGUCAGAUUAUCUUCCCCUUCGCAGCCUAUUUGUCCAUCGCGGAGGAAGCUCUGCGACAAGUCACUGGCGGCGUUUUGGAAGCAUUCUCGGCAAAAGACUUCUCAGUCACUUCAGCUUUACACCUGGAACCUGGAAAUCCGGCAGAAAUUCACACUAGACUGCGACGUAUCGACGAGUCUUCUUUCCACGUUCAGAUCACUUCUUGGAAGAACGAUGUCUGGACUGAGCACUGCAAUGCCGAAGUCAAUGCUGGACCAUUCCCGCUCCGUCCUCGACAGGGUAUCAAAAAGAAGGAGUUCCCACGUCUUCUUUCUCCUCAACAUUGGUACACCACUGUCCAGGACCGCGGCUUCACGUACGGUCCCACCUUCAGGGGUAUGGACAACAUCAGUGUGAGCCCGUAUUCCAGAGAGGCAACUGCCUUUGUGCAUCCCAUGGACGAUCCAUCGGACUAUCUCAUUCAUCCCACUGCACUUGAUCAAUGCUUCCAGACGCUUGUCACAGCUGGCUGUCAUGGUCAGCAUCGGAAGGCCAAAUAUGUUUCAAUGCCCAGUUCAGUGAAGGAGAUCUUCAUCUCAAGAGCUACGGGAAACUUUUGGGCGACAGCAACAUCAAACUCUUCGCCACUUGGUGAGCUCUCUGGAUCAUUGCUCGCAUACACGGAUGAUGGCAAAGAAGUCAUGAGUAUGAGUGGCGUCCAAGGAAGUCAGAUUGCUACACAAGCCGGUACCGAUGAGCUGCCUCUUCUCAGCCACGCUCAUUGGUAUGCACAUGCGAACUUCUACCCCUUUCAUGAGCUACACGGCCAAGAUUCUCUUGCAACUGCGAUUGACAUCCUCAAGCUUACUAUCCCCCAGCUGCGGGUGUUAGAAGUAGGCACUGGGUCAGACACGACAACGAGGGUUCUCCUUGAGCACUUGCGACCGGAGAAAGGAAGGCAGUACUUCUCCAAGUACACGUACGCAACACUGAGCUCUACCGCAUUGAGAGAAGCCGAGGAGGCUCUUUCAGACAUAGAAGGCCUUGAACUCGGAUGUCUGGACCCUUUCAGUGAUGACAAGCCUUUGGAUCUCGAGUCUGGUUCCUACGAUAUUGUCAUAAGCACCUCUCCCUUCGAUCCAAUCGAAGAUGCGAAGACUUUUCUUAAUCGCUCCAAGGAUCUUCUACGUCCUUCAGGACUAUUAGUCCUUCUGGAUAUCCCAAGACACGAAGGCAAAGUAUCCGAGAGUCUUUUACUGGCGUGUAAAGAGAGUGGCUUCGACGUAACCAGCGUGGAAGACAGACCCUUUUCCGCUGCUACGCUGAUUCUGAGGUUGCCUGUGCCUGUUUUCUCUGACAACAUUUGCAUCGUUUCGCCUGAACAGCCGCAUCAGCUUGUCGAUCAUUUCAGAUCCGCUCUUGAGUCAUCGUCAAUUCCAACCCGAACAUGCUUUGGCACCAAGGACAUCCAGGCCGAUGACGCUCUGGUUUUCUUGUGGGACAUUGUCAAACCAUACCUCUACAACAUCACCGAAGAGCAAUUCGCCCCGCUCAUCGAGCUUCUGUCCGGACACAAGAAGCCAAUCAUCUGGGUCACGCCCCACUCCCAGACCUCUUGCACAAGCCCCGACUCAGCCAUGAUACAUGGACUAGCUCGUACACUACGUUCAGAACUCAAGACUGAUAUCACCGUGGUUGAGUUGGACACAUUGGUAGACAAUCCCAGAAACCUUGCUCAAUGUCUGCUACAAAUCGUGAAGAGCUUGCCUUUGCGGCGCUUCAAUGAUGUCUUGAGCCCGGACUUUGAGUUUUUGAUCAAUAACGGUGCUGUUCAAGUACCUAGAUUUGAUUGGACCACGGCUCAGGCGGAGUUAUCCCGAUGCUCGUCACGCAGAGCUGCACAGUUCUUAUCUAGGCUGUUGCCGAAGAAACCACGUCAAAUCGACUCGUUGAACUGGAUCAACUUCCCCUUGCAAGAUCUUGAAUCUGGCAGUGUCAGAGUUGAGGUCAAGGCAUCUGCUAUUUGGAAAGAUGAUGCCGAUACAGUGAAGCGUAUCGUCGAUACCAGCAAGCUUUGCCUUGGGCAUGAGGGAGCCGGAGUCAUCACUGAAGUUGGUCGCGACGUCCAAGGCUUUCAGGUCGUCUUGUUGCACUUUGUUCAAUCUCACCUGAGUCUCGCACUGGUGCAGAUCCUGAAAAGUAUCGGCGCAAAGAUUCAUGCCAUCGUUGAUUCAGAAACAGACCAAUUGAUCUUGAAAAAUGAUUACCAGGUGCGUUGCGUCUUCACCAGCGGUGGCGAGCCAAUCAUCUCGCAGAUCAGGGCUUCCAUGAACGGGUCAAAGGUGGACUAUGUGCUGGGGCUGCCAGGCCUUCAAUCAGAAGACCUGUUGAAGUGCCUCUCAUCAACGGGAACCUUCCUCGAUAUCUCUGAUUCUCUCGCCACGAGAGGCCCACCCGAGGCUUUGCGUUCUAGCCAAGCCUAUCGUGUCGUCAACACUGCACUUCUGAGUGUUGAAGAACCCGAAUUGAUUGGAAGGGCAUUCCAGGAGUGCAAAUCCUACUUCUCCGAAAAGCCAAGGCUGAGCUGGACGACGCUCGUCUCAAUAUUUGAUGCAGACCACAGUCGUGAAGCAUUCCAAGCUGCUUCUCAAGAGGGGUCCAGAGAAUCCAAGGUCAUUCUUCAGACGCCCGAACAGGACCAGCGCAAGAAGCUUGAGAUGUCAUCCUCUGCAACGGGACUUAGCUUCCGCUCAGAUGCUGCUUAUUUAAUGGUUGGUGGUUUGGGAGGCUUGGGGCGUGCUGUGUCGACUUGGAUGGUCGAGAAUGGCGCCAAGGAAUUGGUUUUCCUUUCACGCUCUUCAGGAGGGACGCCUGAGACGUCCAACUUCCUCGAGGAAUUGCGAAGCCAGGGUUGUCUCGUGAAGACUGUUGCUGGUAGCGUGACAAACCUGGACGAAGUGUCACGCGCGAUCACAUCAGCUACCAGGCCUAUCGCCGGAGUCAUUCAAAUGUCAAUGGUGUUGAGAGACAACGCAACUACCCGUAUGACGUUUACAGAAUGGAGAGAGUGUGUCAGCCCUAAAGUCGACGGCACGCUCAACCUCCACAAUGCACUACUGCAUCAGCAGCUAGACUUCUUCUUACUCUUUUCAUCCAUGAGUGGAAUUACCGGACAGAUUGGUCAAGCCAACUACAACGCCGCCAAUGCGUAUCUCGAUGCUUUCGUCAAAUUUCGCCACGGCCUUGGACUUCCAGCUUCAGUAAUCGACAUCGGUGUGAUGGGCGGCAUUGGAGUCGUUGCCCAGACUGACAACAUGGAGCUCAGGGCAAAGGCAGCUGGCUACCAUGUUCUCGGCGAGCAAGACCUGUUGGACUGCAUGACAGCAAGCAUUCUCCACUCUCAGCCCAACCCGGAUGCGACCUCCGACAUGAGUCAAAUGGUCCUGGGGUUGUGGUCCCAGAAGCCGCUAGCUGAUCCUUCGACCCACGUUCUGUGGAAGAGAGAUGCUCGCAUGGGUCUUGCAUACAGUUUCAACAGCCAACGCGGCAGCAGCGCACAGGAACAAGCUGGCGAGGAUAAGGUGGACGCCAUUGUAUUUCUCGCCAAGACCAACCCGGAGAAAUUGCAAGAUGAGGCGACCAUCGAGCUCAUCGUCAAGCAUAUUGGGAAUGCAAUGUCGGAGUUGCUUGCUCAACCAGACGCGGAAAUUCUGCCCACCGCGUUGCUGGACGACAUCGGCUUGGAUUCCCUGAACGCCAUCGAGCUCACUGGUUGGAUUUCGCAGUACUUCUUCGUCGACUUGCCAUUAUUCGAUUUGAUUCACACGCCGACCUUAUGGGAUCUUGCAGUCAAGGUAGCUGAGUUGAUGUAUGAACAGUUCGGGCAAGCAAGCAACUGA